AUGGGAAACCUCUGCUCGAAGUCCUCCAACGAGCCCGACGCCUUCGCCCAACCGGGUCGCGUCCUCGGCGCGAACACCGACCCGACCACCACCGCCCCCUCCGGCCCCCGCGCACCGCUCCCCAAAUCCACCUCGCACACCAACUGGGGCUCCGGGUCGGGGGGAAGGACCGUCGGAGGUGGAGCGGGGGCUGGCUCUGGCUCCGGCGGAGCGAAUACCUCAUCGGCACCGGGUGCUGGCACCGCGGACGCGCGGGCCAAUGCUGCGUUGGCGGCGCAGAGACGCGCCGAGUCAGCGAAUCACUCGGCCAACAAGGGCAAAUUGGGGUCCAAGUUGGCCGCCCAGAAGACGCAGACCCAGGCGCAGACGUUGAGUGAGGCGAGUCGUGCGGAGGUGGCGGCGCGUGAUGCGGAUGGGGCGGCUGAGGCACGGCGGUGGCAGUGA